AUGAAAGGAGUUAAAUUAAAACCAAUCUUUUUGCCUAACGAUGACAUCAUGGUCCAGCCUCCAAAUGUUCUUUCUACCAGCAGAGAAAAUGAUAGCAGAGAAGAUAAAAAACGUUAUACUACAAGUACAAUCGAGCAGUUAAAAGAUCUACUCCGCGGACGCAAGCUUCGAAAACUUGAUACCAAGCAGAUAAAAGCUCAAGAAGAGCAAGCCCAAGUCGAGAUCCUUUCAGACUGAAAAAUCCACAGGUCUCCACUUCGAUCUCCUAAAUCUCCAAGAUCCCCUACAAAGCGCUUCACUUUUAAAUUUCAAACUCCUGACCAAACUUCUCAUUCCACACGUAUUGAGCCAAUUCAUUCUUUAUUGAAUCACUCUAGUAAGUUUGAUGAAAUUACCUCAGCCAUUCAGUCAGUUUUGCACUUGGAAAGAAAUAGAAAGCGAGAAGAAGAAAAUGAAAGAAAAAGAUUUCAAGAGGCAAACAAGCUGUUUGAAGAAGCUACACAUGCAGAAAUGGCAAGAAUUAAAAAGGAGAUAGAAAACUCUGUCCUUGCUAUUCAUGAUUGGAAGAAGCAAGUAGAAGAAACAAAGCAAAAGAUUAAGGAUCUAGAAGUUAAAUAUGAAAAUGACGUUGUGGAGUAUCAUCAGCAAGAAGCUGAGGAGUUUUUGUUUAAUAAAGUGAAAGGAGAACCUUUAGGAUCAGAAAAUGAAAGAUUUAUAAGGAAAGAAAAAAUUAGGCAGAAAAAGCAGGCAUUGUAUGUGAAUUUUCAUAAGCAGCAUGAUGACUUGGUAUAUACGCUAGAGAAAAAUCAAAAAAUGCUUGAAAACAGUCAAGAACUGAGGAAAAACUUGAAAAAAGAACUGAAAAAAGCAAAAGCAAGGCUUAUAAAUGUUUAUUGCAGAAUUUUAAAAGAUGGGUCUGAUAUUCGGUCUGAAGGGCUAAGAUGGGUCAUCAAAGCAUUGUGGUCUAUGAAUGAGCCAGUCCCAGUCUCUGCUUUUCCUAAGUUCCUUGAUGACGAAUCAGCUCACUUUUUGUUAUCAAUGGCUCAAAAAGACAUCGAACUAAAAGAAUUCCAAGCAAGACUUGACCGGCUUAAAGAUGAAAUCAAACAAAAGCAGCUAAACGGCUCUUUUACUAGAACCCCAAGAGAUAUUUUAGAAACAGUAAAAUUAAGAAUAAAAAAGCUCAGCACUUCAAGAGAAGGAAAACCAAUACAUUUAAAUAAAAGCAUGAGAGUAAGUGAAAAAGAUACAGAUUUUGCCCCUGAAACUGAAAAUAUUUCGAUUCACAGCGAAAUUACAUGGGUUAGAGAAAAUAUUUCGAGGAUUAUUGAUGUUAUGAAUAAUAUGAUUGAGAAAGAAAUUUUGAGAGUCUCAAGGCAGAUUAAGCCGACUGAAAAUAUCAAGGAGCCUGGGUUGCUGCAUAUUAUUAAGUGUCUUGUAGGAGAUAAGGCCAGAGAGUUUCAAAAACUAACGCAAAGAACAGCUUCGCAAGGAAGAAAUCGUGUUGCGCUUGCUCCAAUAACGAAUUAA